UUCUCUCUCUCUCCCGGGCGCUAACGUGCGCCGAAGGUGAUAUCGUACACGCGAAGAAGAGGAGGGAGGAGAAGGAGAAGCAGAAGGCAAAUAAGCAAAGAGAGGAAGCUAGAUCGGGAGUGGCGCAUUUUUUGCCGUCCGCCAUAUCAGUUGCUCUCGUUCCUCCGAUUACCACGGCUCUUAUCCUCUUCGUUUGAUCUGAUUCGAUGGCCGCUCCUCCUGCUAGGGCUAGAGCCGAUUACGAUUAUCUCAUAAAGCUUCUGUUGAUCGGAGAUAGCGGUGUCGGUAAAAGUUGCCUUCUUUUACGUUUCUCUGAUGGCUCCUUCACCACCAGCUUCAUUACCACCAUUGGCAUUGAUUUUAAGAUAAGAACUAUUGAACUUGAUGGCAAACGCAUCAAGCUUCAAAUUUGGGACACAGCUGGCCAAGAACGGUUUCGAACAAUCACCACCGCAUAUUACCGAGGGGCUAUGGGCAUUUUGCUGGUGUAUGAUGUCACAGACGAAUCAUCUUUCAACAACAUCAGGAACUGGAUUCGCAAUAUUGAGCAGCAUGCCUCGGACAAUGUUAACAAGAUCUUGGUAGGGAAUAAGGCCGACAUGGAUGAGAGCAAGAGGGCAGUGCCUACAUCAAAGGGUCAGGCACUCGCUGACGAGUAUGGAAUCAAGUUCUUCGAGACAAGUGCCAAGACAAACCUUAACGUUGAAGAAGUCUUCUUCUCGAUCGCAAGGGACAUAAAGCAAAGGCUUGCAGAUACCGACUCGAGGGCCGAGCCCUCGACGAUAAAGAUAAGCCAAGCGGACCAGGGAGCUGGAUCUGGCCAGGCUGCGCAGAAGUCUGCAUGCUGUGGAACUUGAACAGAACAGCCUUGACGUGGGUAUGAGAAUUCCAAGUGAAACAAACAAAAGAGGUGAAGUGAAGAAAACUGAAUUACUGAUUUUUCGUAUGGGUGGUUUUGUAAUUGUUCACUUUCUUCUUAUUCCGAUUCGUUCCAAAAUGUGAUUUCUAGUUUGUGUGAAGGGUAGUGGAAGUCUUAUAUUAUAUCAUUCAGGCCGGAUACGUUUCUUUUAUUUUUGUGACUUGAGACUUUUCGUUUGUGUUGUUUCCCGUUACCUCUGUUCUCUCUUUUGUUA